UUUUCCCAACUGGCACAAACCAAAGCAAAGCAGCUUCACUUCCUAAUUUAAUUCACACCCCUCUCUCUCUCUCCACACUCACCGCUACUCCGAUGCCGUUAGCUAACGACGGUGACGGGAGUUUAACGGAGCUAAUCUCCUCACUCCUCUCCCGUAUCCCCAACCUCCUCAGCUUCAAAUCCAAAUGGUCUUCGAUCCGCCUCAAACUCCACCAUCUCAACACUCACCUCCCCGAUCUCCCCAACCACCUAUCUCUCGAUCUCCUCGCCUCCCUCCGAGAGACGCUACUCCACGCCGCCUCCGUCGCGGCGAGGUGCGAGGGACCAGAUUUACCUGACGGAAAGCUCAAGACGCAGAGCGACGUCGACUCAAUCACGGCGAGACUCGAUCGCCACGUCAAAGACGCCGAGAUUCUCAUCAGAACCGGAACCGUUUCGAUCCCGUCGGAGAAGAAGGAAUCAACCGCGGCGAGGAAUCUAGUCAUCCGAUUACAGAUCGGCGGAGCCGAAUCGAAGCUCUCCGCGAUUGAUUCGUUGCUUCGAGAAGACGAUAAGAACCUAAUGAUCUCCGUAUCUCAAGGAGUCGUUCCCGUUCUCGUCCGCCUCCUCGAUUCUUGUACUAGUCAGAGCACGAAGGAGAAAGUCGUAUCGUUGAUUUCGAGAAUCUCGACUAUGGAGAGCAGCAAGGACGUGUUGAUAGCUGAAGGAUUAUCUCUACUGAACCAUCUCCUUCGCGUGCUUGAAUCGGGAAGCGGUUUCGGUAAAGAGAAGGCUUGUGUAGCUUUGCAAGCGCUGAGUUCGUUGUCUAAGGAGAACGCUAGAGCGAUUGGUUGUAGAGGAGGGAUCUCGUCUCUGCUUGAGAUUUGCCAGGCGGGGACUCCUGCUUCUCAAGGUUUUGCUGCUGGUGUGUUGAGGAACUUGGCUUUGUUUGGUGAGAUUAAAGAGAGUUUCGUUGAGGAGAAGGCUGUUUUUGUUCUUGUCUCUCUCGGUUCUUCCGGUACGGUUCUUGCUAAGGAGAAUGCUGUAGGGUGUUUGGGUAAUUUAGCGUCUGGGGAUGAGGAGAUGAUGGUGUUGAUUGUUAGGGAAGGAGGGGUUAAGUGUUUAAAGAGUUUCUGGGAUUCUGUUUCCGAUGAUGCUGAGAGGAUUGAGGUAGGGGUUGUGCUUUUGAAGAAUCUAGCUUUGUGUUCCGUUGUGAGAGAAGUUGUUGUCUCGGAAGGGUUUAUCCCACGUUUGGUUCCGGUGUUGAGUUGUGGGGUUCUUGGUGUGAGAAUCGCAGCUGCGGAAGCUGUUUCUUCGCUAGGGUUCACCUCGAAAAGCAGGAGAGAGAUUGGUGAAAGCGGAUGCGUCGGUGCGUUGAUUUAUAUGUUAGAUGGUAAAGCCAUGGAAGAGAAAGAAGCGGCUUCUAAAGCUCUGUCAACGUUAUUGGUGUGCACAAGCAACAGAAAGAUUUUCAGGAAGAGUGAUAAGGGUGUACUCAGUCUUGUUCGGCUCUUGGACCCCAAGAUUACGAAAUUGGAUAAGAGAUACACGGUCUCUGCGUUGGAACUGCUUGUGACUUCUAAGAAAUGUAGGAAACAAGUCGUUGCUGCUGGUGCUUGCUUGCAUUUACAAAAGCUUGUGGAGAUGGAUGUUGAAGGAGCUAAGAAAUUGGCAGAGAAUCUUGCUCGGAGUAAGAUUUGGGGCGUCUUUGCAAGGCCAUAAGAGACUGUGGAUACGUUUAUUAACUUGUAUGUAAGGAACACUGAUGAAUCUUGUUGUGUCACUUUUCUCUAUAUGUUGUUUUGAUGAUUGAUUGUUCAUUGAUUGUGUAGGGGGGAAAGUUUAAUUGCUGAUUAGUUCUGUAGGCAAGUAAUAUCUUUGUAGAGUUUGUAAUCCUCUCUGUUAUGUUUUCCUUAGCAGCUAAUCAUAUCAGAGUUUGAUC